AUGUCACUGUCAAGAACGGAUGUCCAGAGAUAUGAAGGAUUAAUAGCCGGAUUACGUGUAAACGAGCUACAGACCUUAUUAGUAGUUUUCAAUUUACCGAAAUUGGGCAAAAAACAAGAGCUUAUUCAAAGAGCAUACAGUUUAUUGCAUUCUGCAACGUCGCAAGGACGUUUAGUUACAACGCUCGAGGAUAUUACGAGACGUUCAGCUCCGUCUAGAUCAGCCCCCUACCCUCAACAGCUAGUACAGUUAGUUUUAAUUCCCAACUUAUUGAAAGCAAUAUCUGACGAGCAUGAUUAUAUCGAUUUCAUGACCAGGAGGAACGGAUAUGUACCGAACAUGAAUCCUGCCAUCUCACAAAUAAGACCUCCGCCUAUGCAAGCACAUCGCACAGUGAAAGGUCUCCGAACUGUGGUUCUACCGUUUUAUGAUUUAAUAUCAACCUUAAUUGAGCCAAUCGAAUUGCCAGCUAUGGUAGGAGCUGUUAAAACUUCAAAACAAAUUAUUACGUUUGGACUUAGUCCUACUGACAUAGUUGAGUUCAAAGAUAAACCUUUGGAAAAAGAAUUGCCUCGCUAUGAAUUACAGCUGAGGUUUUUUAAUGUAUCUGGUGAAUAUGCUGCUGUUGAACAGCCUGACGAUUUUCCCUUGAAUUGUUUUGUACGAUUAGACGAUCAAAUUGUUGUUCUACCUAAUGUUAUUCCUACCAAUAAACCCAAUGCUGAACCGAAAAGGCCUUCCAGGCCAGUGAAUAUUACUCCUUAUUGUUGCCCUCCUAGACCCGUUCAUAUGCCACAUUCAUUAUCAGUAGAAUGGAGUGCAGAUAGAAGGGCAUGGGCAUGUGGCCUUUACAAGGUCCGACGUGUUACUUCCAAAAUAUUAUAUGAUCGUGCAAAUUCUAAUCACGCUGUACGCCUUACAAGCGAUAUAACAAGGCAGAUUAUCAUUCGUCGACUUUCUGGAGAUGAUGAUGGUAUUUGUCUCUCGCAGAUUAAAGUCAGCUUACUAUGUCCGCUGGGCAAGAUAAGAAUGGUUUUACCUGCUCGUGGACGGGAAUGUACUCACUUACAAUGUUUUGAUCUGAAGCUUUUUUUGGAAAUGAAUGAGAAAAGGCCUACAUGGAAAUGUGCCGUAUGUUCGGGACCCUGCCAUUACAAUAAUUUGAUUAUUGACGGGUAUUUUGAAGAUAUUCUGAACUCAGUAGCCAACAAUGUUACUGAAGUUGAACUUCUUCGAGAUGGCGGAUACCAAACAAUUCAUGAGGAGGAUGCCUCGAGUAGUGAUGAUAAUGCCGAUGAAAUAGUGCCUGUAGAUGGACCAAGCACAUCUACUGUAACUAAUACAAAACCUCUUCUAACUAACAAUUACCACCAACAACCACAACAACCACAACAACAACAACAACAACAACAACAACAACCUUUCAUCGCUCCGAAGUCUAAACCUGAAGAUGAUAUAAUUACUUUGAGUGAUUCGGAUGAUGAUGAUGAUUUAGCAGUUCAGAGAGCUGUCGAAAACUCCGUAGCCACUAGUAGAGGCAAUCAUGUAGAACCUCAGUACCCGCAGCCAACAUGUCCUAGUAGUCCAUGCAGUUCUGACAAUUCAGUAAUAAUCUUGGAUGAUACUCCUCCACGUCCUGUCCCUGCGGCUAGGCUUCCCCUGCCAUUAAUCCCACCUACUCUUCCAUUGAAAACCACAGGUCCAAGUACACCCAAUAGUGUUAGUAAAAUCCCACUGCCUCCACCUAUUAAAAUCUCCGUGGGAAGACAAAAUAUGCCUCCUACUAGUAUUCCACCUCCACUUAUUCCACAAGUCAGCUCUCAGUUACCUCAAGGAAACCAACCUAGUCGAUUGAAUAUGUCAUAUGAAGGCAGCGGGUAUAGAUUACCUCCUGUCAGUAAUGCUAAUUAUUUUGGAAUAGCUGUUAGUAAUCCGUUAACGAGAUUAGGGAACGGAUGGCAGAAUAAUCCUCCAUUGCAGCCAGGAAUGGGAUAUCAGAAUACUCUCAUUGGUAGACAACAGCAAUUUAAUGCCCAGCCUUAUGGCUAUCGGCCACAGGCCAACUCGAUCUCGCCGGUGACUAACUUACAAGAUAGGUACGACGGUGGACAUAUGAAUCUUGCUCAGGCUUUGCAAAAUUUGCAAAAUGAUACCGGAUAUACGUCUGAGUUCAGAAAAUGA